AUGAAUCCUCCACAUAUACUCAUUGCUCGCAACUCCAGGGGCCCCAAUACUCAUAAUCCAUCUGCUUCUCUCAGCUCCCCCACUGAGACUCAUGCAGCCGCGGCCGGAAUAUUCAGAUCUGCAGGCUCCCCGUCCUGGUAUUUCGAGGAGUACGAGUCCGACGGAAUGACAUCCUCCCUCAGCACCAACGGCGACAUGGAUGAUCCCAUAGAGAUUGACGAGACCUUCACCCUUACCAGUAAGUUCCCCGGAAAUGUCAAAAUCGUUGUCGAGUCCACAACCUUCUGGGCACACAAGGAGAUUCUAUACUUUGCCUCGGCAUUCUUCCAGGCCGCCCUCUCUGGAGGGUGGGCUGAGACGGAGAAGGAGUCUGGUCGGCCGCAGUCCGUGUCCUCAGUCAUCACUAUCUCCCAACCACCCGUUGUUCCUGGUUCCAAGCCUGACCUUGAGACCCAUUCCGAGAUCACCUUCGCGCCCAUGGAUCCUGAUAUGGACCCGGACGAGCUUGACCUGGACAUCGAUAUCAGCGAUAGCGACGCCAGUGACGCGGAGGCAAGCACGGAAGACAAGACGCGAGCACGCGAGGACAGUCUGAGCAAGCUGGAGAAGUCGAACCCCACAACACCAACAAGCCCGUCGGAGAAGGCGAAAGCCAAGGCGCCAGAUAUAGACGGGAAUACUGCAGGUCCUUCCACGCUUAGAAGGACGCGGCUGUUCAAACGGCAGGUUCCAGAAAAGGAGAAACGUCCAGACGCUAUCAUCGUGCUCAAGGAGGAGAAGGCAAGCACCUUCCACGACUUCCUCAAAUACGUAUAUCCGCACCUCGUGUGCACUAUUACAUGGAACAACGUUGAGGGCCUCAUGAAUAUCUCACAUAAGCUGCACGUCUCCGCGUUGCAGAACGAGUGCCUCACGUUCCUUCUCACCCAUGCCGCGGGUCGUCCGAUCAAAGCUAUGCGCAUAGCGGAGCUGUUUGAUGAAGAGGAGCUCUAUCGUGAGUCGAGCAGGUUUGUUCUAGACAACCCCGGUGGCUGGUCGGAAGAGGAGCUUGGGACGCUGAGUCAAGCAACAUUACUCAAGCUUGAGAAGAGGCGAACGUGGUUCCUAGAACGAGUACUCAAACUUGGGCUGGUCCAAAUCGCUAAGGAGUACCAAUGCUGCUUGUCAUGUCCAGAUUCAGCGAACUGUGCUCGUCUUCUCGACGAGAAGUGGAAACAAGCCUACCAGGCCGUCUUCCGCUUUGGACCCUGCCAACCGUCAAUGGUGUUCCGCUACCUCCGCACGCUCGAAGGCGUCAGCCCCCCGCUCUCGCUCACUCAUCUCAGUUGCCAGACGACCGCGAAGGCAUUCGUCGCCACACUGUUCGACCGCAUGUUCUCCCUUGGGGUACGUGGCAGCGGGACAGACACCGCACCGCUGGGCGCGCGCGUCGCCGCAGUCGCUGGCAGUGCGACGUCCGGGCCCCGUCGUCACUUCCUAUACUGCUCCCUCCACGGCGAUACCAACCAGCGCAGCAAGCGCUCUCGCGAGCAGUCGUGAGGGUACGCGGCCGCCACGGGGGCCCACCGCCUCGGGAGUGUGUAUCUUUCUUCCAUCCUCGACUUGCUAUGUCUGUGCUUUCUUGCUAUUCAUACGCUCUAUCUCUCUCGCACAUGUGUAUCUAUCUUAUUCUGUGUCACCUUGUGUCGAUCAG